GCGGUUGGUGAUGCAUAUGCGGGACCACAAAUCGCUCCACAACGAGCGAUCACACAUCGGCCUGAGCGGCGAUUGAGCGGAACCCCGCGCGCUGUCGACCAUAUGAAGGCCCUCCUCUUCCGCCAUCGUCGGAGAACUGGCAAGCAAAGACUCGAAGACCCAGCUCCGACUUCUGGAAGCGCUCUCUUCUGGACGCUCUUUGAUCCCGAAACUCGUGGCAACUACCGACCACUCGACUCGACCCUAGCCAUGGAAGCCACUAUGCCCAAGAAGCCCACAAUCUGGGAGGACAUCGUCCAGUAUCGCCGAGCAUACCUCUUGACCGCCGUAGCAUCAUUCGGUGGAAUGCUGUUCGGUUGGGACACUGGCCUCAUAGGCGGGGUCUUGACGAUGAAGAGCUUUCAGGACAGCUUCGGACUCGACAAGGUCAACCAGCCAGAUCGGUUCGCCAGUCUUUCUGGAAACAUCGUAUCGGUGCUCCAACUUGGAUGCUUCUUCGGCGCCAUGUCGAGCUUCUACACCAGCGACACGUUUGGCCGUAAGAAAGCGCUGAUCAUUGCGGAUGUCAUCUUCAUCCUCGGCAGCUUGAUCCAGACGUGUGCUGGUCUACACAGUCGGGGUCUGGCUGAGCUCUAUGUCGGACGUGUCAUUGGCGGCUUUGGAGUAGGCAUGAUCUCCGCUGUCGUUCCAACGUACGUGGGCGAGAACGUGAACAAGGAGAUUCGUGGUCGGUGCAUCGGUUGCAUGCAGUUGUUCAAUGUCACUGGAAUCAUGCUGUCGUACUUUGUCAACUACGGCGUGAAUGAGAGUGUGUCCAGCACCUCCUCGUCGCAGUGGCGGAUUCCUUUCGCUUUGCAAAUGCUUCCUGGAGCACUCCUUUUGAUUGGUAUUGUGUUCCAGAACGAGUCGCCUCGAUGGCUCGUCGAAAAGAACAAGGUCGAAGCCGCUCGCAAAGCUCUCUCACAAGUCCGCGGAAAGACCUUCGACCACCCGGACGUCGAUCGCGAGCUCGAGGACAUCGUCCAGGACUUCCAAGGCCACGAGAAAAUGCCUCUGCUUGCCCAGAUGAAAGCGACCUGCUCGAGCGGCAAAGUCUUCUACACCUUCGCCAUGGCCGUGUCUCUCAUGUUCUGGCAACAGUGGACCGGGACGAAUUCAAUUAAUUAUUAUUCUCCCCAAAUCUUUGAGGCGGUAGGGCUGGAAGGUAGGUCGGCCGGACUCUUCGCUACUGGCAUCUACGGCGUGGUCAAGGUCGUUGUCACUGCGCUCGGGUUGUGCUUUGCGACCGAGCAGGUCGGCAGGAAGUGGUCGCUCAUCGUUGGAGGAGCAGGCCAGGCGUUUGCCAUGUUCUACAUCGGCGUCAACCAGGCCGUCAAUCCUGUCGCUCCGGGAUCGCCGUUGAACGGAAACAGUAUCUUCGCCAUCAUCUGCGUGUACUUGUUUGUGGUGUUCUACAGCUUCGGAUGGGGUCCUGUACCGUUUGUGCUGUCUGCAGAGUGCUCUCCGAAUCACGUCCGCUCCCUCAUCAUGGCAGCAGCACUCAUGACCCAAUGGCUGUUCAACUUCAUCAUCGCUAAGAUCACACCCAUCAUGCUGGCCAAGAUCACCUACGGGACGUUCCUGCUCUUCGGCUCCUGCUGUAUUUUGAUGGUGGUGUUCACUGUCUUCUGCAUUCCCGAAACGAAAGGCGUCCCGUUGGAGUCCAUCCAUCUGUUAUUCGAGGGUGGUAUUGUCAAAGGUGCGUUGAGAGAUACCGUGCCGAGACUGGCGAGAGGGAGGCUAUUGCAG